AUGUGUCCAGUGGGGAGACAGAAAAUGAUGGUGCAUCAUUUUCUUUGGUGCAGAAAAAAGGGGAUAAAUCUUGGACCAAAGUCCUUAAGAAGAUGGGGGGGGGGGGGAGGAAUCCAGAGUUCAGUGCAAGUGUUGACCCUUGAUGAAAGUGAAAGUGUUAGUUGCUCAGUUGUGUCCUACUCUUUGCAACCCUAUGGACCCCACAGCCCACCAGGUUCCUCUAUCCAUGGUAUUCUCCAGGCAAGAAUACUGGAUCGGUUACCAUUUCCUUCUCCAGGGAAUCUUCCUGAUGCAGUGAUUGAACCCAGGUUUCCCAUGCUGCUGGCGGAUUCUUUACCAUCUGAGCUACCAGCUAGUAGUGUUCCCCAAUGGUUCAGUGAGUAA